AUGGGUGCUGUCACUUUCGCUGUCUUUCUUAUCUUCGCUUUCGCGGCGAAGCACAUCCUCGCUCAAGAUCAUGGGGAGGAAUACUCGGAGACGAUGGGCCCGGUCGCCUUCAUGUGGCCACCUGAUCGCGAAUGGGGUGCUGCUCAAGACAAUACAGCCCCUUGUGGUUCGGCCGCAGCGGUGGUGAACAGAACUGAGUUUCCUCUGCUGAAUGGUCAGAUUGCGCUUGUCGCUCAAGACGAAUCCUGGUCCAUCCAGGUUGCAAUCUCUCAUCGAAACGACCCGUCGUCGAACGAUGAGUUCGAGACUGUGAUUCCUGCCAUGAGGAUUCCAGAAUUGAAUGAGGGGCACAUGUGCUACCCGAUCCCAAAUCCGUCAGCAGAUAUCGAGGCUUUCUCGAACGCAACAUUGCAAAUCCGAUACACCUCGGACUUUGAAGACGACAAGAACGAGACCUACUAUGCAUGCGCUGAUAUCACUUACGUCCCAACCAGCCAAUUCACCUACCAAGUGCCAUGUUUCAAUGCCACCGUCGAGGAUUUCGAGAUUUCUGAUGCUGACCCUGAACCGAGUUCCUCAGAUACGGCGCCGGGAUCAUCGGCGACGUCUGAGAUCAUCGAAGCCAACGAAGAGUCAUCUGCAGGUCUGUCCAAAGGCGCGAUUGCCGGUAUCGUUGUCGGUGUGGUGGUAGGAGUGGCUGUAUUCUUUGGCGCGUUGAUCUACUUGUGGCGUCGCAGGCAGCAGAAGCGUCGACUUCGAAAACAGGAGGCUUCUUUGCGCAACGUGAAAUGGGAGGACAACGUUCAAGAGAGUAAUUCGGCGUCUCAGACCUCAGAUCGCGACAUUCAGCUGAGGAAGCUCUAG